CCUCUGAAAUCUGACACCCAGUUCUCUCGCAAAGGAAACUUCGCAGGCUGGUGGUAGAUUCUCUGUUUAAAAUGGCCCCAAGUAUAUUGCUGAAGUACCUACCGUCUAAUGUUCCUAAGCUCAAGAGGGCUGUGAUGUUAAGAUAAGCCACAUUCACGCGUGAGUUACAGCACUGCUGGCUGGCCCACCAAGACCAUCACUAUGACCGAUGGGGACUAUGAUUAUCUGAUCAAACUCCUGGCCCUUGGAGAUUCGGGGGUGGGGAAGACGACGUUUCUUUAUCGAUACACAGACAAUAAAUUCAAUCCUAAAUUCAUCACAACAGUAGGAAUAGACUUUCGGGAGAAACGCGUGGUUUAUAACACACAGGGACCAAAUGGAUCAUCAGGGAAAACCUUUAAAGUACAUCUUCAGCUUUGGGACACUGCAGGACAAGAGCGAUUCCGGAGCCUCACCACCGCAUUUUUCAGAGACGCCAUGGGUUUCUUAUUAAUGUUUGACCUUACCAGUCAACAGAGCUUCUUAAAUGUCAGAAACUGGAUGAGCCAGCUGCAAGCAAAUGCUUAUUGUGAAAAUCCAGAUAUAGUAUUAAUUGGCAACAAGGCAGACCUGCCAGACCAGAGGGAAGUCAACGAACGGCAAGCCCGGGAGCUGGCUGACAAAUACGGCAUACCAUAUUUUGAAACAAGUGCAGCAACUGGCCAGAAUGUGGAAAAAGCAGUGGAAACCCUUCUGGACUUAAUAAUGAAGCGAAUGGAACAGUGUGUAGAGAAGACGCAAGUCCCCGACGCUGUCAAUGGUGGAAACUCUGGAAAGCUAGAUGGGGAAAAGCCAGCAGAGAAAAAAUGUGCCUGCUAGAUUCUACCUAGGAACUGAUAAUCAAGAACUCUACCCAAAUAUUACUUCCCAAAACGGUAACAAACCACAAAAUUGUUGAGUAGACCAUGCGUAAUAGCAUGUCUUUCUUUUUCUGCCAGAAAAUCUAUUUUAAGAAACCAGAAUAGUCAACAGUAUUCAAAAGAAUUGACCAAUUGUCCCUGAGGCCCCUCCAAACAAGAUCAAAGAUUUCCAAAUGUGAUUGUACCAUCAUGGAUGCUCAAUUUGUUUUUCUUUUAAAGAAAUGAGUAUAUAUGAGAGUAUACAAGAAGAAAUAUCAAUGAGUUUAAAAUCAGAACAAAAAUUACGUUGUCACAUUGGGGAAAAGGAUAGGCUACUAAAAGGAGAACAUAGAAAGAUAAUUUUUUUAAAAGAUUGGAUUUACUUCUUAUAUAGAAUCUGAUUCAUACUUUUAGAUUUGCACUGGGGGAAACAUAUUAACUAAAAACGGAUACACAAUAAAGAAUUCUAAGUGGUUCAUUAAGAAUGACAUUACUAUGUACACCCAAAUAGGCUGUACUACAAUGACUAAAUUACUGGUAAGGUUAUCAGAGGAAAAUGUCAGACUUCUGCUAAAAUGUAGGAGAUUGUGUAAUGAUGCCAUUUUUAUAUUCUUAAUAAAUGGCAGAUGGACAAGAACAGGACUGUGAAUGACAAAGUAUAAGAAAAAUGCCCUGGGAGAAAAAUGAAAGUAUGGGAAAAUGGCAUUUGGACAACUGAAAUUAAAUGUAUCUGUUACAGAUGUCUGAAAGAGUUACUUAGCCAAAUUUCCCUCAAGCCUAUUAGAAGUUGACAUUAUGAAUUGGCAUUAAGAGUCUCCAGAGGUUUCCAUUUCAAACAAAAUUUUAGAAAUCGGUGCAGCGUUCAACUUCACAUUUCAUUUUUUUUGUAGCAAAUGGUAAUAAAUAGUCACAAGGAGAAACUAAAGAUUGCUGUUUAUUAAAUUUCUCUUUAAAAAUACGGUCAAGAGAAACUAUUUAGCCUUAAUGGUUUUUUUUUUAGAUAAAAUAUGCUGGUGAUAUGAAACAAAAAGUGACUAUUAAUUAUGUUUCUUUUUAAUUUACAAAAGCACUGGAAAUUCUAAAUCACAUUUCUCCCCUCCAACCUGUACCCACUCUUGACUUUGACUCAAUAGUGAAAAUACAGGUGUGUUACUCUGUAGAUAACAACUUCAGAAUAACCAUGGAUCAAUUUUAUGGUCACUCUGAAUUUUCAUGUCAUUAAUCACAUAAAAAUUGAUGAUACCUCAUACCAUAUUACAAUAUAUUUCAGAUUUGUUUUCAUUUUGCCUAAGACGAAAUACCCCUGGUUGAACUAUAUUUGGGGGUUGGCAGGGAUGGAGCUGUAUCUUAUCUCACCAAAAAUUUGGUUGAUCGCUUUAUUUCUUCACAUAAAGCUGCCUUUCCUUUCUAAAAACGAUCACAAACAUAUUUUCUAUUGGCCUAUUCUUAUUAUUGUGUCUAAACUAAUAUUGCAUUAGGUUUUGAACUUAGUUUCUGAUAAACAUAAGCCACUCCUAUUAAACUAUUAUUUAAAUACUUCAGUCAAUUUUACCAAUAACAAAGGCAUCAUACUUCAAGUUUUCUCUUUUUAUUAUGAGUAUAUGAUUUUUCUACAGGAUGGUUCCUCUUCAUUUGAAAUUUUGCCAAACUUCACUUUUCUAUACUCUCUGCAUAUUUUUUUUGUUAAGUUACACACAUUGGAAACCCUAAAUCCCAGUCUGCCCUAUAACCUCUCCCCACCAACCUCCAUCUGGUAUAGAAUCAGUUUCAGGAACACAGAUACAAGAGAUUGUCUAUUUAUGAUGUUCUUAGGAUGGACCAGACCCAGAGAUGUGCCAUGAACCAAGGCAAUUUGGAAGCUCUGAUGGAGUUAGCCCGUUGUGAAUUUCUCUGUGUUAACUGCUCAGUUCCUCGAUCUCUGUGGCAUGAUGCCAGCUUCUAAGAUCAAUCACGGUUGGGUAUUCCCUCCAAUGGUAUUUUUCUUUAUGAUAUUCCUCAUGACUUCAGUGCCUGUGCUGUGAGGAUAGAAAGCUAUUAGCUAACAUCAAAGAUGUUUCUUCUGGAAGAAAAAUGAGCAAAAACAGUAUAACCAUUGCUGUGGCAAAAUUUGGUGAACUUUUGUGGUCAUUAUAUCAAUUUUUUCUUUGAAUUCAAAUUGCAAUGUACCCUGUGAUGUUUCCAUAAUGUGAAUGGUUAGCCUUUAUAAAAUCCCAGAAGUAUUCCAUUUUGAAUAUGUCUUUUGUUCUAUUAAUUUUCCAAUUAUAUGAUUGAUUUACUUAUGCCAAGAUUCUGUCAUUGUCAGUCAUUUGACAAGCAUUUAUUUGGGAUCUAUUUAAAUAUCGUUAUUUGAUAGCUGUAGCAUGAAGCAGAGGGUGAUGAUGCCCAUAAUUAUAGAACUAUGCCUAUAAAAAUAACAUUUAUUGAGUAACAAUCUCAAGAGAAGUGAAACUUAAAACAGACAAGAAAAUUAAUUUAAAAGCAGAUUCUACUUAUAAAUGCUUGAUCUAAAAAAAAUUUUCUCUGUCAAGUUUGACAUCUGACCCCAAAUUCUAUGUAACCAGUACCAGAAGUCCCUUCUUUCAUUAUUUCAGAAUUAAUUAUUCCAUAUAAUUUAUUUUACAAUUUCAAAUUGGUUUAGGGCCAUGAAGUAUAUAGAAUGCUUUAAAGAAUUGCAGACCCCCUUCAACCCAUAACAACAUGUAUUUUUAGCCAAGAUGUGUUCUGUUAUUUAUUAUCUACCAAAUGCUUUAGUAAAUCAUAUUGUAUUUUGGAGAAAUAUUUAAAACAGACAAGAAAUUCCUUUCUGAUAUAGAAACCAUUUCUGGAGUGUUUACACUGGUUUGAUGUUUACAUUGCUCUAACACAGUGCCUCGGAUACCUCCGUGACCAAAUUUGUCUCCAACCACAAAGCUCAUUUCCUAUAAUAUCAUAUUAUAGGAAGGCCUUGCAGAGACACAAAUGCAAGUGAAAGUAUUCUGAUGUCUUCAGCAAAGGGUGCAAGGGUGUUAUUGGAAUCUGGAAAUGAUUGCCACGAUCUCCUGGUGUCCUAGCUUACUUUUCAUGGAUUGGGCAUCACUUGAGACUCUUAACUGUGAUUAGAUACAAACCUACCUUUUAACAUAAAAGAAGAAAAAUCCUUUGAAAAAUGUAUCAAAAAUAGUUGAGAGAACAUGUUGGUCUUGGCAUAACGAGGGUAACAAGUCAUGAAUUCGCAGAGAAAAUACUAAAUGCUGAGAAUGAAUCUAUGGGUCUCUGCGUAAGAGUUUUAAAAUUUUUGCAAGUUAUCACUCUAGCCAAUUUGCUAUCAUUUCCAUAUUAUAAGCUAUCACACUGCAAAAAAUUCAAAACCAGCAUUUUAUAAAGUAAAUAUUUUAUCUGUUGUUUUUAACCGGGUGGGCCACUCUGUGUAUCAGUGAGUGUCUUUGUUACGUUUCUAGUAUAAGUUAUUCUCUGCCAACCUGUACAGGUACGAUGAACUGGGCAACAAUUUUAAUCAACCCUUUCUUGUCUCCUUUAUAAGCGAAAGAAGCUUGGCCAUAGAGAAGGACACAACUACAUUAAAAAAUAAUUUAAUAACAGCCAAUAUAUUCUUUAAAUUGUAAAUUGAGUCUGUUCGGAAUCAACAAAUUUGAUGAAGCUCAUAUAUUCUCACCAAUGGAGUGAGUGCAGCAGUUAGAAAGAGAGGCGAUAUGUGUAAUAGACACAGUGUGUAACUAGAUAGUAUAUGACCUGGAACCUUGUGUCCAUGAAACAAGAUUGUUCACUGUUUUGUAUCUCUGUUCACUUAAAAAAGGGUACAUAUGCUUUCCUCAUUGUGUACCACACUAAAACUUGAGGGAAAAUCCUCAUCCAUAAAGAGUUUUGGAGUUAUAAUCUAAAACUCAAUCUGUAAAGAGAUGAUAUUGAAAUUUCUGGUUUCCAAAGAUACCUAAUAACUCUUUAAAAGGAGGAUCUAAGAGCUGAUGUUAGCCAAAGUUGUGUUUCACCCUCUACUAUCGAGCAUUAAAGCAUUAAAAGAAGUCUAAUAUAUUUGAAUAUUUUAGGGAAAGCUUUACCAUUUUUAAAUAUGCAAAGAUCCUGUCUAUAUUUGAAAAGGUUGUCUAAGAAUUCGCCAGAAGCUAUAUUUUCUUCUUGAUGUUUGACCAAGAUGAUAUAAGCUUAUUUUCUGGGGAGAGUGCUGAGCUCUUAAACAUGGAAAGUAGAUAUAGAAUAGUAUCUGAGGUGAAUGUUGUCUUACUGCUUUAUAAAUCCACAAAAAUACUUGUCCCAUAAAGUAGAACUGAUUAAAAUCAUUGUUAGAUACGUAGGGAAUUUUAUAAACUUAUUGCCUUAGAAUUCUUGGGUGGAGACCUAACCACAAUGCCAUUGUUUAGCAAGAACUAGAGAGAUUAAAAGUUGUCUAGAGUUCUUAAAUAUGGCAGAAUAUGGAGAAGACCAUACUUACAAGGUUGAUUUUUAGGUAGAAAAAAAAAAGACUUAGUAACACAAAGAGUUUUUGAAACUAGAUCUGUGGCAAAUAUUUAUUCAUCAUUUUUAGCUACCAAGCAGAGGUUUAUGCCCUUAGAACUAAGCUAAUAAAAAUAUUUAAACACCAAAUAUUUCAUUAUUGGCGUCAAAAUUUGGGAAACUUAGAAACAUUUUGUUUACUCUAUCUGAAUCUAAUUUUCUCAUAUAUUGCACUUUGAUUAGUUUUUCAAGGAGUAUCACAAAGAUGCUUUUCUGUAGAGCUCUUUUUACCAAGUCUAUGGUUGAGAUAUUUUCUAAAUGCAUAUAUAGAGAGAACAAAAAACAAACAAAAACAUUAGUACCAAAAUAGUGGAAUUAUUUAAAAGGGUAUCAUCUUUUUUGAAGAAAAAAUAUAGAAAAGAAUCAUCUUUGGAUUGAGUUAUUUAAAUUUGUUGCUCAGUUCCUUUUCUUUCCAACAGAUCGUGGAAGUCAUGGCUAAUAUCCUUCAACUGACUCAGUCUUGAAGGAUCAUUAACAAAUUCUCUAGGAGCCGGCAUGUCUGUCCUUAACCUAACGGAUUCUUUAUUUAACCAGUGGCUGUUGUUCUUAUGUCUGUUGGCACAUCAAAAUAGUGUCUGUCCCUAGCAAAGUAAUAAUAUAUGCUUGCCCUUACUCUUCUAUUCUCCAGGUUAUUUUUUCAAAUGCCCUUUGAGAGAAAGUUUAGUGUUGUAGAAAGGAAAGUGACCAGAAAGAACAAUUUGGGGACCAUGGAUACGUCUUUAAAUAUCUUAAUGGCUUCUCCUCAUAUGGAGCUUAUAAACCCUGUGUGUCUCACAAAGUUCAUGUCAGGCACAAAGGAGAACAUAUAUAAGAAACUGUUUUGUAAAUUAUGUUCCAUUUCAUAAACAGAUACUAUUAUCGCAAGCUAAAAAUAAUAAAAAAUCACAGUCAUAAUUUAAACCACUUGUAAAAGGCAGUGUCAUAGCAGAGACAAAACACUAAUUUUAGUAGAGGUGUUUGGAAGCUAUAAAUGGGUAGUCAACUUGAGGUCAUUGUAUUUGAUUGAAAAUGUUUAAUAUAUCUCAAGUUAUUGAAAAAAUAUGAGUUCGAUUUCAUUUUGGAUGUCACCUAUAUUUCUUUCAAAGAGUCCAGUUACAUUCUAGAAAGUAUAUUACAACUUGGUCAAAAUCCUCCUUGUACAAAUAGGGCUUGUAUGUCCAUAGCCUUGUAAAAGAUACUGACUGCAUCUGAAAUUAUUUAAGAAAAGUAAGUUAUCCUGCUUAAUGUGUUAAAAGUAGACAAUGUUCUGACUUAACACUGAAGUACUUUACUGUAUCCCAACGGUCUACCUUUAAGUGAUAUUAUCUCAUUUUUAGCCUAAGCACGUUUGAUUGUUUUGUCUGUCAUAUACACAGAUCUCUGUUUUCUCUAGUGCUAUGAAUGUAAAUUAAAGCCUUGAACAUGAAGUUUUUAUUCUAUGUGCCCCUGAAUAGACUGUGGUGCCUGACAAACACUGUUAGGUCAUUAUUUUGUGGUACCAAAGUUCUAGUGGCUUCAGAAAUCAUAGCAUCCAAUGAUUUUGUGGUGUCUGGGUUUGAAUACUAUGGUUGAGAAUUGUAUUCAGUGAUUGUUUCUGCACAUUUUUCAAAUAAAAAUGCAUUUUUAU